AUGGAGACCGUCGCCGGUGUCUUUGUGAAUCAGUCAGGGCUCGUGCGAACGGCCAUCGGGCCUUUUAACAGUAUCGACGCCUACUACGUCCCCGUCCCUCUGUCCUUCCAGCAGUUCUACGAGUCGGUCUCGGAAACCUUGUUUCAGAGCGUUCUCGGCAAGAGCACCUUCUCGACGCCGAUUGUGACACUGCCGUCGCUGGCUCUGGCACCCGCACCGGUGGCGUGGACAUCUGGCAGCUACUUGUUUGCCGGUGGCAGCCCACUCUGCCUCUCGAAACCACCGACGACGUACGUGCAAUCGCUCUUCGACUAUGACGACGCAUGCACCGGUGUAACACCCUUCCGCCUGUCGCUGCUACCAAUGACGGUGCUGCUGAGCCGCCUGCUCGUUCCGUCACCGACGCCCGAGGCCAUUUGCGCGCUCGACACUUUGCCGUCGUCGCCGAUGUGUCUGGAAUACCUCGGUAUGGCCGAUCAAAUCAUUGCUGGAUCCGAGCUGCGCUUCAUCAAAGCGACGCCGGUGCUCAACGAUCUCGUCCCGCUCGAUGUUCGCGUCAUUCAAUUCGCCACCGACGCCGCGACGCAGUCACAGUGGACGCUCUUGUCCGAGCCGCUUGUAGACUCGACGCCCUUUGGGUUCUUUGGCGUGGCGAUGCUCCUCGAGUGGCUUUUGGGCAGUCGUGAAGUCGUGGCGCUCCAUGGCGACGUCGGCGACGUGGUUCUUAUCUCGAGCACCUACGUUAGCACGCCGUACGCAACGAGCGGCGGCAGUCACUACAUCAAGAGCGCAACUGCAAUCGUGUACUACAUCACGGGCUACACCACCAGCGUGCUCUGUUUCGUUGCGUGUCUCUGCCUCUGGCUCGGUCUCCGCGACGGUUGUGUCGGUCUCGGCGCCAACCUCUUUGCCUUUAGUCGCGUGGUCGGGUCCACGUGGGUCGGUCGGUCGCUCGUCUUUCUGCGCGGCGCGACAGCGCUCCUCUUGCUGAGCACGGCCAACGUCCAGCUCGUGCGCCUUGGCGAUGCGUGGACGCGGCUGCAGCUCCACGCGCGGUCGCCGGCCGACAUCGCCGUGCUUGCCAGCGAGGCGACGUGGGUGACGUACGCGAUCACUGAGCUCCUCGUGCUGGUUGUGCCCAGUGUCACGGCGUUGUACGCGCCGUGGAGCGCACUGGCUGUCUGGCUCAGCUAUGUCGUUUUGGAAGCCGCGAACCCGAUCCUGCUCGAGGCCACCAUGAGCAAGCAGUGCGCUGCCAUCAAUAUGGCCAUGAACCUCCAUUGCGAAAGCAUGCUUAUCCACGUUGGCAGCACGCACCGUGUCGAAGUGCUUUGUGUGAUUGCCGUCGCCAGCGUCGGCAUCGGUGUCGCCACCGCAACGGUCCUCCGCCGGCGUUGCAAGAGUGAAUCGGACAACUGCCCCGUCGUUGUCUCGGGCGUCGCAACUUGCUUCAUCUCGUGGCAGCGGUUUUCCAAGUCAACGCCCGUCGACCGCGUGACGUGCGCCAUGUGCGGCCUCAUUCCCGUGCGCCUCAGGCGAUGGCGCUUUACGUUCGACCUGAGUCUCUGGGUUGUCUCGGACGACUCGGUCGUCGGUAGUGAGCGACUCAAGCGCAACUCGCACCAGCUUCUCGAAGCCAUAAUGAGUCUGCGCCGGCUCUCCAUCGGGCGGAUCCCGCCGCUCUCGGAUGCCUAUGUCCCCGUAGCGUGGCACCGCCGGUGGUCGCGUCGACUGGUCCAGACCAUGAGCGGUCUGUACUUGGGCGUCGCGACAUUUGGGUCAGUGACGUACCUCGAGGUGUCCCAGGUGACGCUCGCCAACGACUUGGCGUGGGCCACGUUCAACAGCACCGGGAUCCACGCGUACAUUGCAACGUAUUUCAAUCAUGCGCUGCUUCUCGGCAAUCUAUCGUCGCCACUGGACCUGACCUUGCAGAGUCUGCCCGGCUCUUUUGGUGCCUCGACCCACACGCUAACGAUACCCGGCAACGUCGGCGUGCGUUACGAGCUUCAGUACGUCACGAACUUGAUGCAGACGAUUCAAGGCCUUCGCGGAUCGUCCGCCAACGACGUGGCGUGGAUUGCAACGUCCUACUGCUAUGUGGACUUGAAUCGAACGUGGUCGCUCGCACACACGUCCAAGCGGGCGGCGCGAUGUGCGUCCAUGGGCAGCAACGGCGCUGUCUUCCUCGAGACUGUACUGCGCAACAUUGACGGCGCCGAGUGGCUCGCGUCCUAUGGCGAAUCCUUCGACGUCGGUAUCGCGCGGGCCCUUCGGUCGUCGGCGUCGGGGCAGCAAUGGCUAGAAACCACCUUGUCGCCCAUAUCGCUCUCCCUCUUGGACGAAGCCACGUACUGGACAACGCACGGUGUCGCCGAGUUCAAGGCCCAGUGGCAAAACUACAAGACCGUCGGCGUCCUCAAUUCGUAUUGGAUCGAAAACGCGUACGGCUUCUCUUACCCGUUUACGCUCACGGCGCUGAAUGGUUCGUACCGGUUCCCGAGCCAAACCUCGUUCAAGAUGAGCUGGGGACUCGGCAACGACUUGCGCUGGGUCGUCGCCAACGCAACGGACCACCCGCCGGGUGUCUACGGCUCGAGUCUCGUCGUCGAGAGCGCCGACUACGCGUUUGCCAACGCGUCGUUCGAGUCGGUGCUUCGUCGCAACGGCUCGGUGCCGUCACCGGUGGGCCCUGGAUUCGCCGCCGUGCGCUCGACACUCGGACCUUUCGGCUCCAUUGACAUGCACUACGUACCAGUACCCGCCGCGCUCAUGACGGCGGUCGCAGCCAUCGAAAACGACGUUCGAACGGCGCUGCGCACGAAUGCCAGCGCUGCUGCUGCGUACACGAGCUUGAACAUCCAGUACAAUGCAAUGGCGGCGCCACCCGUGUGGGCCCGCAGCUCGUUUGUGACCUUUGGCGGGUCGCCCCUCUGCGACGCGCUGCCGCCGAGUGCCGCGAGUCCCACGAGUGCUUCGGGCAUGAACACCUUCUUUGCCUUCGACUACGGCUGCUACGCGACGUCGUACGCGACGCCGCUGCUCCUCAACAUUGAUCCCGUCCUCUUUGCCGUCGCGAUGACCAGUAUGUUGCCAGACUUUGACGCACAUGCGACGUGCACUCUCGACUUCACCAACAUCAACACGUGCACCGCCGCGAUCGCGUCGGCGACGGCGUUUCUCGACACGUAUGUGCCACCGACAGGUGCCGUCGCCGACGCCAAGUCGCUGGCCGUGACGGCAAUGACGGCGCUGGACGUCCGCGUCAUGCAGUAUGGACGCUGGAACGCGUCCUUGCCGUUGGCAUUGGCAACCGCUGGUCUCCUGGACGAGACGGAUUUCACCUACUUUGCCUGGGGUUUUCUCUACCACUGGGUCGUCGGGGACCACACCGUCGUGAAGUUCGCCGGUGACGACGGCUCGGUCACGCUCCUCUCCGAGUUCAUGUACCCGAGUCGCCAAGACGUCCAGUCGUACCAAGUACCGACGACGUUCGCCACCUAUGCGCGCAACUGCAACGUCUACGUCACGUGUGCGAUGAUGGUGCUCACGGUCGUCGUCGUCGUCUACAUCUGCGUCUGCCGCGGCCACGUCGAAGGCAAAAACAUCAUGAAGCUCAACCGCGUCGGCGCGCUCGUCUGGGUUGGCCGCCCGCUCGUCUUUGUCCGCAGUCUCACGGCCCUCGCGCUUCUCUCGACGAGCACGCUGCAGCUCUCGGUGCGCAGCGGCGUUUCCUCUUUAACGCCGACGCCCGCCCCGUGGUACACGAUCGUGCUGGCGGCGUCCGAAGUCACGUGGCUCGUCGAGGUCGUCAACGACAUUGCCCUUGUGUACACGCAGGCGUACACGCCGUACUAUGCGAUGCUCAAUACGUGGGGCGUCUGGGCCGUCACCAGCAUCCUCUCGGGCGUCGCGCCGGUGUCGCCCAUCGCGACCGUCGCGCCGACGUGCCGCGUGGCGCAGAUCGACUUGCAGCUCGAGUGCACGACGGCGUCGAUCGCGAUCGGGCAACGGCAUCGCUUGUUCACGCUGCUCGGCGUCGUCUUUGGCUGCAAACUCGGGCUGUACACAGGCGCGCGGUGGCUACUCCGGCGCGCACCGCCCAAGUGCACAGUCGACUCGCUCUUUUUGAGCGCGGGCGCCAAGUAUCUCUUUAGCCACGAGGCGUGGCUCUACAACGACGUCUACUACCUCGACAUGGCGUCCGCCGUCGUCAACGGUAUCUUGACGUACCGCUACGGCACCACGGUGUACGCGGUCGACGUGAAAUUCUGGCGCGUGUUUGCGAUCCCGCUGCCGAGUGAGAGCGACAUUCCGGACGCAGCACCCCUCGCGCGCGCCGCGCCGUACACGAUGCCGCUCGCGAUGCAACUGCCGCCAACGUCCCGACCAACGUCGUCCAUGCCGAGGUAGCUUCAGAUGGGCGCAGGAGACAACGACG